CCCGCUCCUGAAUUAAAAUCAUGGACACGGGGAGUAAGAUACGCAGCAUGCAUUUAUCCACACACAAAAUACUUGGAAGCAGGUGUAUGUUUAUUAGAUUCUUUUUCAAACUGGUUGACUGUCCGAAGGGAAAUACUGUGUUCAAGACUUUGUCUGUUGUUGAAAUCAACUCCGCCCUGCUUGUCCUUUAUGGCAUUACUCUUGAUAAGUUGAUUGAGAGCUGAAGCAAAACAGCUGCGCACCUCAUAAGAAUAAAUGCAGAAAUCCAGGAAAUAUUGAAUUAGCUAAAUUUAUAUUGAUUGGCGUCAAUGUUACACUGUCGAAAAAGGGUUGGAUCUGUAAUCUUCACCGUGAACCCGUACACCAUAUAAACACACCUUCAUGAGAGUGCACUGAACAGAAGCCGAGUGCGAAUGAAAAAAAAAAAGGACGAUUAGAGACACUGACCUCACGAAUUGUCUAGUACCAGCACGAUGUCGAUGUUCAGAAUUGUGCCCCGAUUCGCGAACGUGGCCAGAUUCACACCCCGUGUAUCUGUAGUUUCGUUCUCCCGUUGUCAAUCUACUGCUGCGCAGAUCAAGGCUGAGACACCUCAAACUGUUCAGAUUGAAGAGCCCAAAAUCGCUUUGACCGCGAAGGUCUUCCCGCUAGAGAAAGACCAAAUCACAGAAAAAGAUGUUGAUGAGUGGUUAAAAGCCGUGCAGACGUUGAAAUCGGGGAAGGCAACUCCAGAAACUGAGGCAGAGGUUUAUCUCAGUCAACUUGCGCAACCGGAAGAAUUCUUGAAAGAGGAGUUUGUUCCCACUGAGGAGCAGUUGAAUGAAGUAGAGAGAUACAGCAACAAGUCUGUUCCACUUCCCAACGACCCAGUUAUCGAGAACUUCACCAACUUGAUCAUGAGAGACGGUAAAAAGGAACGCGCACAAAUCAAACUUUCCAAGGCUCUUUACAUAGUGUACUUGAAGACCAGACGCGACCCAGUGGAGGUAUUAUACGAGACUUUGGACAAGUUGGGUCCUUUGUUCCAGCUCAAAGUGAAGAAGACCGGUACUGCGAAGAAUAGAACUGUGCCUUUUCCAUUGAACCGCAGACAGAGAAACCGUUAUGCUAUUUUGUGGAUCAUGGGAGGUGCUGAGAAGAAGAAGUCGCUGGACUUCUCAGUGCGUUUGGCUGAGGAAAUCAUCGGAGCUUACGAGGGUAAGUCGCUGGGUUAUGAGAAGAAAGCGCAGUUGCACAAGAUGGCCAUUACGAACAGAGCGUACAUCGAGUUGUAAUGAGUGAGGUUUGGACAUUUUGGCUGAGAG